GCAAAAAAUAAAAUUUAUUUUGCUGAUAAUGACUUAGAGUCAUUAAAUAUUUCAACACUAUUUGAAUAUAUCGAAAUCACUGGUGAAAAUAAUGGAGAAUAUAAUGAAGUCAAAAGAAAAAUAAUUAAAUAUUUUUUGGGUUCAGCAUUAACUACUUUUAUUCAAAAAUCAAAAAUAGUAGAAAAUUAUAAUGAUUUAAAAAAAGAAAUGAUUAAAAGAUAUGAUAUGAAGAAAUUUUUUAAACCAGAAGAUGAAUUAUCAAAACUCACCGAUCAAAAAUUUGAUAAAUUCAUGAAGUACAUCACAGCAUUUGGAUCACUCAAUGCUCAAAUCAAUCCUCCAUUAACCAGUGAAAGACAAAUUGAAUUAUUUAUUAGAGGGGUCAGUGAUAUAGAAAUCAAAAAGUCAAUUGACGAAGGUGCACCAAAAUUAUUAGAUGAGGCUAUAAUGAUAGCUCGUACAAAAGCAAAUUCAAAAUUCAAGUAUGAUAGCUUAGAAUUUUACAAUGCUGGAUUUACAGACAAAUUUAUUGAUAAAGAAAAUAGAAUCAAUAAUAACGUACAAGACCAACAACCCCAAAUUCAACGACAACAACAAGUUAUAAGACCAACCAGGAUACCAUUUCCACCAUCAGGUAAACACCCUGAUUAUAAUGUUAAACAAGAACAGAACAAUUAUGCAAACGUUAAAAAACACCAAUAUAAAAACAAACCAAAAGGGAAACCACUUAAAUGUUAUAAAUGUGGCAAGCUUGGUCACUUUGCAAAUCAGUGCAAAGAAGAAGUCAAUACCAUUACUGAACAAGUAUCUUUUACAACAAACCAGCAAGAUUUAAAGAGAUUAACUCAAAAGGAUGCAUCAUUUCAAGCAUAUCCAGUGAAGUUCACAAAUGAACAAAAAGACUUCUUAGAUGAACAUAUUAAAGAAUUAUUAAAGUACAAGAUUAUAAGAGAAUCAAAUAGUCAAGUAUCAUCAAGUGUAGUAUUACGUCCAAAACCAGACGGGAGUAUGAGAAUGUGUAUUAAUUAUACAAAAUUAAAUAAUAUCACUGUAAAGGAUCGAUAUCCAAUACCAGAUAUUAAUGAAAUAUGGAAUCAAAUUAAAGGAUCUCAUGUAUACUCAAAAUUAGACAUGAUAAGUGGAUACUAUCAAAUACGAAUUAGAGAAGGUGAUAAAUACUUAACAGCCUUUUCAGUACCACAAGGUUUAUUCGAAUUCAAUGUAAUGCCAUUUGGAUUGUGUAAUGCACCAGCAGUCUUCCAAAGGACCAUUCACAAGAUAUUCAAAGAGGAGAAUAGACUUACCUUACAAUCAUUUUAUGAUGAUAUAUUAUCUCACUCAAAAUCAGUAAUGGAUCAUACACCACAUCUAGAAGGUAUCUUCAAGAAAAUGAGAGAUAAUAAACUGUUAGCCAAAUUGAGCAAAUGUCAAUUUUUCCAAGAAGAAGUAAAAUUCUUAGGUCAUAUCAUAGAAUCGAAUGGUGUUCAAAUAGAUUAUGAUAGACUAGAUCCAUUAAUGAAGUUAUUAGAUCCAAAGAAUGUAAAAGAAUUACAAAGAUUGAUCGGCACAUUAAAUUUCUUCAGGAAAUUUAAACCAUUCAAACUCGAAACUGAUGCAAGUGAUAUCGGUGUUGGAGCAACUCUUUGUCAAGAUCACGGUAUUAUAUCAUUCUAUUCAAGAACCAUCAGAGACACUGAAAAGAAUUACUCAGCCUCUGAAAAAGAAUGUUUAAGCGUAGUAUGUGCAUUAGAAGAAUUUCAUUAUAUCAUUGGCACCCAAGAAACAUUAGUAGUCACUGAUAACAGUGCAGUAUCAUUCCUUAGAAAUGAUCUUGGGAAGAUCAGAAACAAGAGAUUUAUCAAUUGGAAUGUUAAGUUGGCUAGUUACAAUAUCACAUUUAAAUAUAGAAGUGGUAAGGAGAAUACUUUUGCAGACGCACUUAGUAGUUGUCCAGUAGAAGAAGUAAUGUCAGUUAUAUCAAUGGGUGAAUCAGUCAAAUUAGAUUCAAUCUUAGACUUAAAGAUUGCAGAGGAACAAAGAAAAGAUAAACACUUAGUCCCAAUCUUUAAAUACUUAGAUUAA